AUGACGAUUCAAUUCAAGGAUACCUUUUGGACGAGUGACUAUAUCACCGGAAUCAAGGCUUUGUUCGAUACUUUGGAAUGUCGAUCUCUCGAUAUUCAGCACUCCCUGGAUACGUACCAGACAUAUACCACCAUGGUCACUGUAAGUAGUGGGUGGAACAAAAAGCGGAAGCAUUUCAAGGGAACAAGGGAUACUGUGCUGUCGUUGGACUCUAAGACCUGUGAAACGUUUCUGGAUGGUAAAGAUGUCGUUACUUUCAACCAUUUCAACGAGUCAUUGGAGAACAACUACGAACACAUUGCCAAUUCACUAGAGCUGUUGGCGGUAGAUUUGAAGGAUAACGUUGUCAUAAGAUUACAUGAGUUCCUUGAUGAUUACAAGGACUUUAUUAAAUCAUCUAGAAACUCGUUACAGUUCCAAUACAACCAGUAUAUCCGUCUCAUUCAGAGUUGUACAACAAUCGAGAAGAAGCUCAUUUCAAGAGUAACCACUCUGGAGAACGCCCAGUCCAAUAGUGGACUUGCUGAAACCUCACAGACAGAUAUCAAUCAGUCGCAAUUACCAUCAUCAACAGCUUCAGAGACGAGCGUGAUACCUAAACCUCAAACUGAAGUCAAAUCCGAAGACCGAGAUGAGGAUGACACUUUCAAAUUCCCAUUGACGAUAGGUUCCACUGUAUUACAGACACUAGAUAACCUUAGUGACUUACUGUACACAAUGAUUGAUGAAAUCAAGGUGAAAAGAAGGUUAAUCCCACUUCCAGGUGUUAAUAACGAGUACUUUGCUAGUGAAGAGCUGGUUAAAUGGGUUAGAAAUUCAUUACCAGAUGAAAAUACUCUCUUGAAGUUGGAGAAAUUUGGUCAAGAUCUGUUGGACCUGAACUUGAUAACACCGUGGAAUAAAAUCUCUGUUGGAAGAAGGAUAUUCGCAUCUGAUUCAGGUUAUUAUGAGUUUACUGAUUUGACAAGAUUCAUUGCAAAGUUUAACAACCAUGAUGAAGAGAACGAAGAAGAUGUGGUUACCAAUAAUGCGGAAGACUCUGCUGAAACCUCAGAAAUAGCACCAUCGGCAGCUUCCUCUAGUAUUUGGAGCUCUAUCAAGAACCCAUUCACGGGCACACCGGCAGAUCCUGAAUUCCUCAAGAAAGAAGUUGCUGAACUUAACGAAAAGUACAUCAACGAAUUGAAAUGUCUCAACCUGGAAAAGGCAACUCUAGAACAACUCAUUACAUCAACGUGUGUUAAAGCACAAACUUACGAGACCAAUAGAGACCAUUUGUUAAUAUUGCUCAAUGAACAGUUGGUUGACAAAUUAAUCUCACACCACCAAGCAGCACUCCAAUCACUUCAAGAACUCAAAGGUACAAAACUAUCAGAGGACACGGUGCAGUACGAUCUUUUACAAUCAAUGACGAAUUCUAAAGGUGGCUGGUUUUGGCCAACCAAUGAAUUGAGAUAUAUCAACCAUAUGGAACAAAGUCAUAAUUGCCACCUAGAACUAAUAGGUGUUGACCUGGUGAACUUAGCAUUGGAUUAUAACGAGAAGAAUUCCAAGUGGAGGUCACUUCCAGUUCUGAUUAAAUCAACUAUUGAAUAUUUGGAUGCUGCUGAAGGGGUCGAUAAAUCUUGGACAGCACCCUUGGACUUGACAUCAUCUAACAGACUAAAGAAUGUUCUGCUGUCCGAGGUGGUUAAAUUCUCUCAAAUAGAAGGCUUAGAAGAUCAGGCUUCUGCUGUGAAAGCACUCACCAAAGAACUCUGCUCAGGGGAAACUUCAAAUUCCAUUGUGAAUUUUUUCAAACUCUGGUUAUUGGAACUCCCAGACAGUGUGGUACCAUUUACUUGCUAUGAUUCCCUACUCAGACACUACUCAAGAGCUAAGGAGGAUAAGGAACAGGCCGCAACUAUCUUAGGUACAAUUCCAAGGCAAAACUUGGCCACGUUACUCGCCAUCAUGAAUCAUAUCGUUACGUAUGUCACGUUUGAAGAUUUGCAAAACUUCAAGGAUUUCCCCUUCCAUCAUUUAAUUUUGAGGCAUUCUCCAAGAACAAACACCGCAAAUGUUGAUGACUUCCCGGUUUUAUCGCAUCUAGUCGAAGACCUAUAUGACGCAAGAUUUAGAGAGAUUCUAUAUCUAAAACUGGAAGAAUUAGAACGAAACUAUGACGAAAGAAUCCAAAUCCAUGAGCAAAAAUCAAUCGCAUCUGUCAAAGCGGACAGGGCCAAAGCACCUGUGAUCACAACAGUGCCAGCAAAUCAUCUUUCUUCUCCAAGACAGGAUUUAGAUGCUGAUGGGCUCCGUCCAUUCAGAACCAAGAGCCCUAAUCAAUCACCUUUGAACUCACCGAACCGGAAUCGGUCACGUUCAAAUUCUCACCUUUCAGGCCAAAAGAGAAUCAGCAUAAAUUCAAACCUAUUGAGACCAUCUGAUAAUCUAUCGAAAAGAAACAGUAUGCACGAAGCUUCUGUGCACGAUAAUGAAUUGCCUGGUGAAUUGAAAUAA